AGUCUUUCGACCCCCAAAAGAAGAGAGACCACUUAACCCCUCUAUAGUUUUCCCAUCUCCCAAAUCCCGUCAAAUUCAUACUAUUUCAUGUCGAUUCGUGCAUUUACAAGAUCAAAGCUCUCAACUUUCUCUUCAAUACUCCUUCAACGUCUGAAAACAACACCAAUCCGAGACAACCCAUUUCCUCCAAACCCCACUUCUCCAGUUUCACAAAUCCAAUCCCAUCAACCCAUUUCUGGGUUUAGGCUAUACCAUGACGGAAGACCCAGAGGACCCCUCUGGAGGGGUAAGAAGCUGAUCGGGAAAGAAGCCCUUUAUGUGAUUUCGGGGUUGAAAAGGUUUAAGGAUGAUGAAGAGAGGCUUGGCAAGUUUAUAAAGAGCCAUGUUUUGAGGCUUCUCAAGUUGGAUAUGAUUGCUGUUCUCAGCGAGCUUGAGCGCCAAGAAGAGGUCGAUUUGGCUAUUAAGGUAUUUAAGGUGAUCCGAAAGCAAGAUUGGUACAAGCCUGACGUCUACCUGUACAAAGACUUGAUUAUUUCAUUAGCGAAAUCCAAGAAAAUGGAUGAUGUUAUGCUGCUGUGGGAUAGUAUGAAAAAGGAGGAACUGUUUCCUGAUUCUCAAACAUAUACAGAAGUUAUCAGGGGAUUUUUGAGCUCUGGUUCUCCUGCCGAUGCAAUGAACAUAUAUGAGGACAUGAAACAGUCUCCAGAUCUACCAGACCAGCUACCAUUCCGGAUUUUGUUAAAAGGCCUUCUGCCGCAUCCCCUUUUGAGAAACAGAGUCAAGCAAGACUUUGAGGAGAUUUUUCCUGAACAACAUGUGUAUGACCCUCCACAAGAGAUUUUUGGCUCCUGCUAAGGAUAUGGGAUUGCAUGCCUGGACCACUAGGAGGGUUGGGGGAUUCCAUGUAUUGACAUGCGGUAUUGAUAUUCUUCUUUAGAGCUUCAAAGUUCUGACUUCCUGGAACUUAAACUUUUGAUCUGCUGUAAAAUGUUCGUUUAGGUUUGUCACCGGGUAAACUUUUUUUUUUUGAGAAGUAGAUGAGUUGUACAUUAACUGAUAGAGAAGAUUUGGUUUCUGUAUCCCAUG